AUGCAGCUCAUGGACCGCAAGGAGCUUCACAUCUUGCCGCACUUCGGCGAGGACAUCUAUUUAGCCUACGGAGGAUUCGUGUUCAAGGAGGAUACUCCUGGCCGAUCCCCCCCGGGCACAACUUACUGGGCCUGUUCUAGGGUACAGCGAGCGACUCGUACCAA